CUGUUGAGACUGUCUGUUUAGUUAUGGCCGAGUGAUUUACAAAUAUAAUUUUUAUCGAAAUGAAAUCCAAAAUAGUCGUCUUUAUUGUUUCGUUUUGGACGAUCUAUCUGCUAAUCGAUAAAGGUAACACUUUUAACUUUUAUAUUAACUGUAAAACUAUCACCUAACUGGAUUUAUUUUGCACAAAAAAGCGAUUUCUGCAAAGGCAUUUGAACUCUGUUAUGUCGUUCUCGCGUGGUAAAUAGUCAUUACCAGAAUACUUGCUACUUUGUGUACAAAAUUGUGAAGUUUUUCAACGUUCUUUUGUGUUGUGUUACUCGUGAGUACAUCCAAUAUUUAUGUUAGUUUUUGUUUUGACUUGAAAAUGGAUGCAAGUCUUUGCAUUUUGUCAUUUUAUGAGUUGAAAUUAUAUCUUUGCGGGAUAUUUGGCGAGCGUAUGCCAUGUUCGAAGCCAUUACGUCUCCAGUUUGACAGGAAAAUAAAUCUGUGGUAUUUUGUGUUGAUUUUAGCCACGAACCUGCUAGAUUUUGCCGUAAAUAACACAUUUUAAACUCUAUUAUAACAAUAGUGAGCCUGUUUAUAGUUUAAACAAAAUGCAAUCGAUAAAAUUUAUACCAUAUCUUGAUAUUAUUGUUUUGAAAUACAAAGCGGCUUUGGUCUAAAAACAUCAUUGUAAUUCAAAAUUCAACGCUAUUUUAUGUCUAGCUUUUCAGAUCUUUAUAAAACGAGCAACUAUUUGGUAAGAACUUCACAGGAUCUAGCUUAAAAGACACUUCUAGUUAACCCCAGUUUGCAUCGGGUUUAAUAUAAAUUUGAGACAAAAUGUUCCUAUACAUAGACUGCAAUUAUGUUUUAUUUAUAUAAAUGCACUUAGAAUUUGCCGAUAUUUUGUAGUUUCCUGACGUCCUUUAGCUAAAACGAUAUUAAAUGGUUCAUGACUUACUAAAUCAGGCAUUUGUACAGUGUAGAAAUGUUUCAUAUUUUGUUAGACCUUUUAUAUCUGUUUAUAUAUUAAACUUCACAAUUUUCUAAAUAUAUGUCUGCUUUUAACAAAGGGUUGAUUAAGGGCAGCAUCAAGACUCGGCAUCUAAUUCAAAGUGUAAUUAAUUAAACUUCUUGAUGGAUAAGUUGUCUGAUGCUUUGUAUUUUUGGCCGAGAAUAUUGUACAUAAACCACACUUAUGCCAAGCCCUUGUGAUAUACUGUAACACUAGCCCAAUUUAAAUGAGAGAUGCGCUACCUGUCUGGACGAGUUAGAGGGCUCUGUUAGGGUCGGCAUACACGUCAUUUUUCUGUUUUUCAAAACAAGAAAUUUCACCGCUUGAUAAUGUUGCCAUAACGCUUUUGGACCUUGUUAUGUCACAGUACUGCCACUCAAUGGGUUUAUCAGACUAUCUGCCCAUGCACCCUGUUAACCCUUUAAGUGGCAAUAUUAUUUUACUCUGUCUAAUGCCAGAUGAUUUUACUUGUCAGAGGGAGAGUACUCCAACUCAAUGGGUUAAUCAAAUUAUUUGCCCAUGCACCCUGUUAACCCUUUAAGUGGCAAAUGUGCCCAGAUGCACCCUACUUUAUUAUUUUACUCUGUCUAAUGCCAGAAGAUUUUACUUGUCAGAGGGAGAGUGCUGACACACUCAAUGGGUUAAUUAUUAUUUUUAGGUGAAUGUGCAAAACUAAAGUGUAUUUGUUCAAAAACAUACUGCCCAGAAAAUCAUGUAAACUUUACAUGUGAGACAGAUGGAAAUUGCUUCAGUCAGAUAAAAAUUGACGAAUACACAGAGGAAAUUAGAAAAAUUUAUGGUUGUCUGCCGAAAGAACCCAGUGGACCUCUUUCGAUAUUUCAUUGCCAGCGAGGUGUACGCAAACUGGAAGAGGAGAAUUCUGUGUCGUGCUGUUACGAUAGAGAUUUUUGUAACGAAGAUUUGAAGCCAACGCUGAGACCGAUGCAGGAGCGACCGAGUGAGUGAGAGAUGACCCAGGCAGAUCUUUUACAGAGAAGCAGUGGAUUUAUAGCGAUUCGACGACCUAAAAAAUACAAGUAAAACUUCUGUGUUUUGAGGGAAGGCUUUCAUCGGGAAAUUAGUUCCACUAACAAAGGGUCUUCACUCGAAACAUUGAGGUUUCACUUGUAUUUUUUAGGCAGCUGAAUCCAUGUCAAUCUGCAGCUUUUUGGUGUGACUACCUACAUUUUUGUUAAAAGUUGAAAUUGACUGUAAAACAAUUACUCUUAUUCUUUAUAGGUCCAGCACUGGCACCAAAAACUAGCAUUGUAGUCAUUGCCUUGGCUAUCUCUGUGUCCGUCUGUUUUCUUGUCUUCAUUGCUGUUAUCUUAUGGUGGUGUUGCCGGUAUGAUAAAACAUUUGAAAAGAGUUGCACUACAUAACUUUUGCCUAAAACUGUGCAUGCAGCCUGUACUGUACUUACAACUUGAGUUGUACUGUAUAAAUCAAGCACACAACUCGCUUACGAUGUCAUACACGAGUUGUGUGCUUGAUUUACACAGUACAACUCAAGUUGUAAGCAGGUUGCAUGCGACAGUUUUCGGCAAGUGUAAAUCAGCCUUUACGGAAAUUGCACCCCUUGUUUUAGAUCAAGUUUCAAGUGGUACCAGCAGAUCAAAUGUGCUGAAGAUUUGUUUUGUUUUAGGCAAGCAAAUUAUGAAACAUAUCGACAAAUUAAGAUCAAAGGACGGCAUAUUGUUUCACACCAACAGACUGUACAUCAACUGUUCAAUGAAAGUGGAGGCAGCGAUUUUGGCUUGCCAAAACUGGUAAGAAGUAUUUCGGGUAGUUUACCACAAUGACAGCUUAUUGUAGAAUACUACCUACACUGGACCACCACGUUUGAGAUAUCUUUUUCAGGUAGUUCAGACACAAACCAUGACAGCUUAUUGUAGAAUACUACCUGAUAUCUUUUGCAGAUAGUUCAGACACAAACCACGACAGCUUAUUGCCGUUAUUGUAGAAUAAAAAGUUGAAAAAAUGAUGUGUAUGCCUACACUGGACACAUCCAAUUGUACAUACAGUACAAGAAUACUAUACCAACACUGGACCACCACGUUUGAGGUAUCUUUUUCAGGUAGUUCAGACACAAACCAUGACAGCUUAUUAUAGAAUACUACCUACACUGGACCACCACGUUUGAGAUAUCUUUUUCAGGUAGUUCAGACACAAACCAUGACAGCUUAUUGUAGAAUACUACCUACACUGGACCACCACGUUUGAGAUAUCUUUUUCAGGUAGUUCAGACACAAACCAUGACAGCUUAUUGUAGAAUACUACCUGAUAUCUUUUGCAGAUAGUUCAGACACAAACCACGACAGCUUAUUGAGUUAUUGUAGAAUAAAAAGUUGAAAAAAUGAUGUGUAUGCCUACACUGGACACAUCCAAUUGUACAUACAGUACAAAACACAAAUAUUUGUUUAACAUUCACAGUAUAUAACCAUAUCAAUUUAUAGAUUCAACGCACAAUUGCGAGAGAAGUUCAAAUGACAAAACUUAUUGGUACUGGUCAAUUCAGUCGAGUGUACGAAGCUCUGUGGCGCAACGACAAAGUUGCAGUACGCUUAUACCAAUCCCGGGACGAGUUUGUUUGGCUUCAAGAAUGUGGGUUUUAUGAAAAUAUGCAAAGACAUAACAAUAUCUUGGCUUUUAUUGCAUCAGAUCGACUCGGAGCGCCCUCAGAAACCGAACUGUACUUGAUCACAGAGUAUUGUCCACAUGGCUCGCUGUUUGAGUACCUUCGAUCUCAGCAUAGCCUGACCAAGAAGGAUAUGUUACGGUGCUCAAGCUCAAUUGCCUCGGGCUUGACUUAUUUACAUACUCAGGUCACAGGCACAUAUAGAAGAGGUGCUAUUGCACAUCGCAAUUUGACAUCUAAAGGAAUCUACGUGAAAAAGGGCGGAGUUUGUGCCAUCGGACAUUUUGCCCUCGCAUUAAAAUCUACUUCAGAAUUCACCGAAAAAGAUGCAGAAAAAAGCCCCAAGCAGCCAACAAAACGAUACUUUGCACCGGAGCUUUUGGAUCGGAGUUUGGUUCCCGGUAAUUGUGCACAUUCUGGUCUGUUGAAGGCGGAUGUUUAUUCGCUCGGUUUGGUUCUCUGGGAGAUUGCGUUUACAACAGAAUCUGAGGGUAGGUUAAAGGAUCGUUGAAUUUCAUGCAACUGUUAGUUUAGUUUAGGUUUCCUUCUGUAGUGACACUGGUUCAAUAAGAGAUGGCCCUUGCUUCACCUCCGCGAAGAAUAGCUUAGAAUUGAUAGAACUAAUCAGUAUAAAUACAGUAAGUUUAGGUUUCUUUCUGUGAACAUUGGACUAACGUUACACAGUCUUCACAUUAUUUGAAGGUAUUCAAGAACCAAGUCAACUGCCUUACCAGGACAUGGUCAGUUCCAACCCAAGUAUUGAAGAAUUGCGUAAGGUUGUGUGUGUCGAUCAAAAGAGACCACCGAUUUUAAAUCGAUGGUAUCGAGAUGAAGUAAGUCUUUAUUACAUGUCUUUAAUCUAAAGUGGUAGUCCACACUCAAGAACAUGUACUACCUCUGCAUGAUCUAACCAUGCUUAACUCAGCAGUGAAUUUUGUACAACAUCAGGUCACUUUAAGGUAGCUCACAUUCAAGAACAUGUACUACAUCUGUAUGAUCUAACCAUGCUUUACUCAGCAGUGAGUUCUGUACAACAUCAGAUCAUUUUAAGGUAGCUCACAUUCAAGAACAUGUACUACCUCUGCAUGAUCUAAACAUGCUUAACUCAGCAGUAAGUUCUGUACAGCAUCAGAUCAUUUUAAUAUAGCUGACAUUCAAGAACAUGUACUACUUCUGCAUGAUCUAAACAUGCUUAACUCAGCAGUAAGUUUUGUACAACAUUAGAUCAUUUUAAGGUAGCUCACAUUCAAGAACACGUACUACCUCUGCAUGAUCGAACCAUGCUUACAGUAACUCAGCAGUAUUAAAGUUAUGUACAACAUCAGAUCAUUUUAAGGUAUCUCACAUUAAAGAACAUGUACUACCUCUGCAUGAUCUAACCAUGCUUCUAUCCCAGGUAAUGAAGCGAACAAGUCGUGUAAUCGAGGAAUGUUGGCACGAGAGUCCCGACGCUCGACUGACGGCAUUGCGUGUACAGAAAACAUUGACAAAAGUCGAGGAAUUAUUGACAGACGAGAGCAGCAUACAGGUUUGUUGGCUUGUUCAUAACUUUGCAAUUGUGCUUCGAAAUUUCCUCGUUACCGUAAUGAAUAAUUCUAAAGCCUAGUAUACAUUGUUAAAGUUUACUUUAAACAAAGUGCAGUAUUGUGCACCAGUUGUUGGAGUCUGCGGCAAACCUUUUCAGGGAUACAUGCGAUAAAAUAUUAAAAGAUAAAUUGCAAAUAUUACAAAAUCGUGCGGCUAGGGUUAUCACUGGAGCAAGAUAUGAUGAUAGGAUUAGAUCAAGUGAUCUUUUGGAAGGUUUAGGAUGGGAUAAUCUACAUGUUAGGCGGGCUAAGUUGAAGAGUAUCCUAAUAUAUAAAAUCCUUAAUGAAAAUUGUUCGCCAUGUUUAAGAGAAAGCCUUGUAAGACUUAGUGAACUUAAUAGACGCCAUAAUUUACGAAAUCAGGAAACGGAUCUAGCACUUCCAAAACCAAAAACUAAUUUUUUGAAGAGAAGCUUUAAAUAUAGCGCAUCAAUGCUGUGGAAUAAUCUUCCAUUAGAUGCAAAAAGAGCGACUUCGCUCAGUCAAUUUAAGCGUGGCAUUGCGGAGCUGUCCUUUUAGAACCAUGUUGACUUAAUUAUAGUUAACUCUCUUUAUUUACUUUACUUGACUUUAUUUUUCUCAAUUUGUUGUUGGGGGGCGGAGGUUGGUGGGUUCAUAUAAUAUUCCAUAUAUUCUACUGUUUUAUAUAUCACGCCCCUCCUGUAAAUCAGCUUUUAGUUGUGCGAGGCUAGCGUAUUUUGAUUUUAAAUAAAAUUGAUUGAUGAUGAUGAUGAUGAGCUCUUGUGGUGUCGUGAUCAUCACGCUUGCCUUUCAAGCCAGGAGACCUGGGGUCAAUCCUUGGUCGGACCUCUACUCAAGGUCUUAAAAUAAUUGAGGAGAAAGAGCUAUCUUUACAUUGACAUCAGUAAAUGGUUAGACUUUCGCGUCUUCUCGGAUAAGGACGUUAAAUCGUUGAUACCUCGGAUCCCCUAUCAACUGGGUAAUAGCCAAGGGUGGGUAGUAGCGAAGUAGUUGUAGUUCGCUACUGUAGCAAACUACAAUUUUCAAGUAGCCAGUAGUUUUUGACUACUUUUUUAAAACAGUAGCUGUAGUUCUAGCGAACUACAUUUUGCGUAAAACUAGCCAAGUAGUUGACUACUUUUCAAACAGCGAAUCGCUAUUCGCUACUUUUUAAAAUUGUUAGCAACUUGAUAGAAUAGCAUGAUAUUGAGACAUGGUUUGCUUAAAAUCAAUACUCAAUAGUCAAUUUGCACUCUUGAACACUGUAGUGCUUACAAAAAACGUUGCUUUGUGUUUACUGUUGCUACUCGUAAAUCGAUUUUUGUUAUAGAUUACAUUUCAGCCUGAGUUAGUAGAUGCUCCAAAUACAGUAAAACUAAAAAAUAUGGCGUAGCGAAAUAGUUCGCUACAUUUUUAAGCAGUAGCUGUAGCCAGUAGCGAACUACCUUUGUUCAAAAGUAGCAGUAGUUGUAGCUGAUUACAUAUUUUUGAAGUAGCUGUAGUUAUAGCGAACUACAAAAAUGUUGUAGUCAACCCACCCUUCGCAAUAGAAAAACUCCACAAACAGGAAUUCCAUAAACUCAAACUCAAUACUAUAUAGCUUCUGUCCUGUGUGAUUACUGUGAUAUGCCUAAAAUUGACUUUCCAUUUCGUGUUUCAUUUUAGGUUGUAUAAACACGGAGCAAAACGUGUAUAUGUAUUACUCCGUCCCAGGCAUGUAUAGACUGAGUGGAAUCGUUGAUUCGUUGUAUGUAGAAGAGGAUGAAAGCCUCAUUUAAAGUUGUGUGCAAAUUCAGUUGUCAAACCUACGGUUCACAAACAGUUCAUGAGCAGAACACCGCAGCCCUUUUUUAACCAGGCACUGCUUAACUAUGGGUGGACCAUUAGAAAGUGAUAGGGGUCGUACAAAAGAAAAAACGAGCAAGUUGGGAAAGCGAAGAAAAAUACCUUUAAAAUUCUGCAAAACAUUUCAGCACAAGUAGACAACCAAAAUGAAGUUCGUGCAAGCCGAACCCCCCCCCCCCCCCCCCUCAUCACUUCUUUAGUGGUCCGCCCCUAACCGGAUACAAUGCGUCCGUUCAAUAGAGUUCAACUAGGACAUUGUAAAAACAUCUAUAAUUCAAAUGCUCGUUCAAGCAUUGACGUUUUACCUAAGAGUAGACAAUAGACUGAAUAGCGAGGUUCAGAUUUGACUACCUCUCACUGGCUUGGGAAGCAUCUGAUUGGUUCAUUGGAUAUAUCAAGCGCAUCUGAUUGGUUAAUUGAAUAUACCAAAACGCAUCUGAUUGGUUAAUCGGAUAUAUCAAACGCAUCUGAUUGGUUAAUCAGAUAUAUCAAACGCAUCUGAUUGGUUAAUCGGAUAUAUCAAACGCAUCUGAUUGGUUAAUAGUCAAAUCUGAACCUCUAGUGUUUUAAGACCCAUUUCCACUGAGGAAAAGUUUCCGUAGAAAGAAAAUUUUGUAAAAUAUGAUUGCCCAACACAAAUUUCAGUAGGAAAAAAAUAGUUUGAAGUUGAAAAUUUUCAACUUUUAACAAUGAUAUUUUCGGACAAUUUUCUGUCCGUGUAAAAUUUUCUUGAGUGGAAAUGGACUUUUAUCGCGACUGUUUAUCCGUUGACGCAAGCGAGAGUAUUUGAGUUAGGUUUUAAAUAUUUGUAAAAUAAAACACCGCCAUGUGAACGAAAUGCAUGGGUGAUAUAAACAAGAAAAUCAUAUAUCAUAUAAUAUGUCAACAUAUUUUUAUAUUCUGUAAUAUUACAAAGAUAAUAUCCAUGCUGUACCGAAUAAUAUUAACGUUGUUUGAGAAUGAUAUUAAAUAUUGUCAAGUUGUGUUGGUAUUUGCUUGCAUUGGAACAGCUUCCUCUACCAAACACCGCAGGU